CAGACCCACACCCAGAAAAGAAAGCAUUCAUCCUAGAGGGGAGCUCUGCAGGAACCCCUGAAAAAGAAACACCCCUAACACCCUUAUCUGUUAACGCUCCACCCCCACUGGUUUCAGCAGGCAGUCGCGACUUGUCUAAAGUCUAUUUUCUCAGGACAGGAAAGGCUUAAAACUUGAUCCUGACACCAUGUGGGCUCUUAUCUUCUGGCUCCUGAAUCAGCCCCUGGACAGCAAAGCCCGAUCGCACUCUCUGCACUACUGUUACUCAGCCAUGACUGAACCGGCCCCAGGAGUUCCUUCAUUUUUCGCCAGUGGCUUUUUAGAUAACCAGCCCUUCAUCCACUAUGACAGUAGGAACAUGAAGGCAGAGCCUUGUGCUGACUGGCUGAGGGAAAACCCACAGUACUUCGCUCUCGAGACCCAGGUUUUCACCAAUCGGAUGAAGAUUUUCCAGUUGAGCCUGAGAAACAUUGAGCAAUACUACAAUAGCUCUGGUGCCCAGAGUCAGAGAGCAGAUAGCUUCCACCAGCAAGCAGGCCCUCACACCCUCCAGUUCACAUACGGCUGUGAGAUGCAGGACAACAGGAGCACAGGGUACUGGCAGUAUGGCUACGAUGGCAGGGACUACCUGACCUUGGACUUGGACUCCAUGCAAUACACAGCAGCCACUUUCAUUGCUGGCUACACCAAGCGCAAGUGGGAAAACAAUGAGUACUGGCUGGAGAAAGAGAAGACCUACUUGGAGAAGGAGUGCAUCCUAUGGCUGCAGAGAUACUUAACCAUGGGAGGAGAGAACUUUACCCGAACUGACCCUCCAAAGACAAUAGUGACCCAUCACCCCAGACCUGAAGGAGACGUCACCCUGAGGUGCUGGGCCCUGGGUUUCUACCCUGCUGACAUCACCCUGACCUGGCAGAGGGAUGGAGAGGAUCUGUCCCAGGACACGGAGCUUGUGGAGACCAGACCUGCAGGGGAUGGAACCUUCCAGAAGUGGGCAGCUGUGGUGGUGCCUUCUGGAGAGGAGCAGAGAUACACAUGCCAUGUGCAACAUGAAGGGCUAACCAAGCGCGACAGUCUGACAUGGGAGCCUCUUCAGCUCACUACGCCCAUGACAGGAGUAUGUGCUAGAGGAAGAUGUAAUCCUCAAGCAACCACCCUGAUUGUCCUUCUGGUUUUUAUCUUUGGCAUGGUACCUAUGUUUGGACUUACCUGCUACAGAAUUCAGGCCAGAAGAAAGAAUUGGUCUGCUCUAUCUGUUCCUGAAGAUGAGAGGCUCUAGGCCAAGGACCCAGGGACAAGGGUCUAAUGUAAAUAUUUUACAGCCCAAGGCCAUGACCCUCAGAGGACACAUGUUUCAGUGAGGAGCCUGGGCUAGGCUCGCUUAUAGAGCUGUGUAACACUUGCUGCUCUCAGCUGAAGAUAGGCACAGCUAAGAACUGGCAUUGCUGUUGAUCCUGGUCCUUUCUGCUGACUUGGACUGAGGCUGAGGCUUGGGUGUGCCUGCUAGGUAAUACCACUGCCGCUGAUCUGUGUUUGUUAUCCUGACUCUACCGAGCUGGACUGCUGGUGUAUCCACGAAGAGUCUGAGUGGAUUGAGCUGCCAUUGCUAACCUGUAUGGGGUAGUGAACCCUGAUAAGUUCGAGCUGGGCUUGGAUUUGGGAAGCCAUGAAAAGUAGGAGGAAUCUGGAAGACUUUGUUGCUGAAUACAAUUUGAACUGUAUGACGUGGUCCAAGAAGUUUCAGUGGAGAAGAAUUUCUCAGUAUGUGGCCUAGAGACUGUUUUUUGUAGUAUUUUGGUGAAGAAUGUGGCUGGUUUUUGCCACUGUCCAAAGAGUCUGCCUGAGGCUAAGUGGAAGAGUCUCAUUGAUUGCACUGACAAAGAAGUCUCAAAAAAGCCGGGCGUGGUGGCGCGCGCCUUUGAUCCCAGCACUCGGGAGGCAGAGG